AUGGCACACAGGCUGGUCCCCAGGGGUGGCAUCGACGUGGAGGCAUUGUCCCCUAGGGAUGUCAACGCCCAACGAUUGCCCAAGACCACAGACGCCAAAGCGAAAUCGGCCGCCCAGCUAAAGGCUGCCAAAGACAAAGAACACCCGCCCCCUCCUCCGCCAGAGGUUGUCGAGCCGAGCAGCACAGAUCGUCCAGAUGGCGCCGUUUACCACGUCGGGAAAUUGUUAGGAAAGGGAGGGUUCGCGAUAUGCUACACUGGCCAGCUGCUACCAAGCAAGCAAAAGUAUGCUCUGAAGAUUGUCAAGAGCCAGAUGCCCUCCAAAAUGGAGCAAAAGUUUCAAACCGAGUUGCAAAUCCAUUCCAAGAUGCGCCACAGGAACAUUGUUCAAUUCUUUAGGGCAUUUUCAUAUGUCAACUGCACUUUCCUAGCACUCGAGCUUUGCCCCAAUGGCUCUCUUAUGGACAUGGUGAAGCGUCGAAAGGGUCUCACCGAGCCCGAGGUCCGAUUCUAUUCCGUUCAGAUAUCCGGCGCAAUCAAGUACAUGCACAGCAAGGGCAUUAUUCAUCGAGAUCUGAAAAUGGGCAAUAUCUUCUUGGAUCACCAGAUGAAUGCCAAAAUUGGCGACUUCGGCCUUGCUGCAUUGGUGGUCACAGGCAGGGAUAUGCAAACCAUCCGACGAACGACUCUAUGUGGCACACCAAACUACAUUGCCCCUGAGAUCCUGGAGAAGGGAAAGAAAGGUCAUGACCACAUGGUGGACAUCUGGAGCUUGGGUAUUAUCAUGUUUGCAAUGUUCACCUCGAAACCGCCCUUCCAGUCAUCAACUACAGACGAAAUUUAUCGCCGUGCCAGGGAGCGAGAUUACGAAUGGCCAAGCGCAGAGGUAUCCCAGAAAUACAUUAGCCAGGAGGCUAAAGACCUGGUGGCCACGAUGCUUGAGGAUGCGGACCAGCGGCCAGACCCCGAUGCUAUCGUCCAGCAUCCAUUCUUUACUACUGGCUACAUGCCAUCAUCCGUGGAGAUCACCUCCAAGCUGCGAGAAGUGCCUCCUGACGCAGAAGAGUACUAUACCUCGCGCCUGAGCAGUUCUACGCUGGCUCUGUCUCAUCGUCACCUCAAGGAGCAGUGCCGGGACUGCAAUGUUGGGCCCUGGAGCUCAGAAAAGGCUUCGCACACCCAGAUCUGGAAGGAGAUGGCCGCCGAGGAAAAGGCAGGCCUGACCCCGAUUAUUCCUCUUGCGGACGGCGUGGUCUAUCGGCCAUUUGAUGACUGGCUAAGAGAGCAGCAACAGAUUCGUGCAAAGUAUGCAGCCUCCAUCUCUGCGCGCUCAACCUCUACCGAAGGGCAGGAAAAUGCCACUACCAGCUCGGAAAAGCUGCCUCCUCCCACGGGCCUUCUGCGCCAGCCACCUCAGAGCUUUGCGGCUCAACAACGUUCUCAAGGCCGGCCUCCCACUUCCUCCACCUCUGUAAGGGCUCGAACCACUCCCGAAACCGCCCUAUCGACCUCACGAAGCACCAGAGUCAGGCCCCUUCAAGAACGAAAAGAUUACGCCGCUCGCGAGCCAUCACCCCCCUCCUCGAAAGAGGCCCCUGAGCCUCUUUCAGCAGCUCGAUCUGCACCGGAUCUACAACUCACAGCGAGGGCAGGGCAAAGCUCGUCCGCAUCGGUACCCAUUCACAAAAGGCGAAACUCAGAAUCCAUCCGAUCAGCCACUUUGUUCAGCCCCUCUGAGUCACCUGUGGAAAUGCCGGGGUCAAAACCCGAUGAUAUUCUUGACCGACUGCGCCAACUCCAGACGGAGCUUGAGCGAGCUCUCAACUCCCGUACCAUGGCCAUCAUAUCUUCAAAAAACGUGCCGCCACCACAUCCCCAUAUUGUGGUAAAGUGGGUUGACUACACGAACAAAUUCGGCCUCGGGUACAUCUUGAAUGACGGCAGUGUAGGAUGCAUCCUACGCGAUAUUCCCACCACUGAGGGCAGCAAAACCGCUUUGCUUCCUCCAGCAGGUAUCUUUAUCCGCAGCGCAGAAAAACAUAUCCUCCGACGACAAGAUGAUUCCUACAGAGACCGCCAUCAGCCAGUACCAAUGAACGAACCUAUCAAGUUCUUCGAGAACAAUGGCGAGGCUGGCCUUUCGCAAGUUACAAUCUCCCCUGACCAGUUUCGGGUGACCAUAAACGAGGAUGGCACAGCCAGCAAGAUGGCCCCUGGCAAGGACGUCUUUCAACAUCGAAAGCGGGAAAGGAUCAUCCUAUGGAAGAAAUUUGCUAAUUAUAUGAUUGCUUAUGGCCGGGAUGAGGUACCCGCCGAAGAGGACGAGGAAGAGAGCGCCACGUCUCCAGGGCAAAAGGGCACGCCUGCAGAGCUAGUGACCUUCUACCAGCGAUUCGGAGAUGUUGGCUGUUGGGUAUUUGGCGACGGACACGUUCAGUUUAACUUCCCUGAUCAUACCAAGAUUGUUCUAGAUGCGACAGGAACUUGGUGCCACUUCUGGCAUCUGCCUCAGGAGGCGGCGGAGAGGCUCGCCAGCACAGGCUCAAUUGGUGCCACCGCGCUGGAUGACCGCGCCACCCUGUCGUAUCCCCUACAGACGUUGCUCAACUUCCAGGCAAGAUCAUCAGCGCGAACUGCGACUACGGCGUCGAGGAGGCGACCUGAGAUCGAACCAGAGCUUCAAGGCAUUCCUGCGGCGAAUGACUUCCGCCGAAAGGUCGAAUUUAUCAAGAGCGUUGUUAAGGAGUGGGUUGCCAAUGGCGGUCUCGGCAACAGCUCCAUGGAGAGGGAGUCGCGUCUGAGAUGGACUGGAUACCGAGAGACGGUCCAUGCAACCGCUCCCCAAAAGCACGUUUGGGUCACCAUUGGCGCUCGAUGGGGCGACCAGCGCAUAUCGACAUUUGUCGACCCAUGCAAACCCUGGGAGCUGGGCGAGGAGGUGGAGAAUUCAAAGAAAUGA